UGCUGUGCGCAUGCGCUCUCCUGUUGCCAAGCGACCGGCUUGAUACAGACUGAGGCUGAGAGUUGAGGCAGAGGGAGGGUGCAGGGAGUUGUCAGGGUCCCUAAGCGGCAACAACAAGAACAACAAAAUGUACCCGAGACUGGAGAUGAGUAUGAGCAGGAAGAAGAAAGUCCCCACUCGCUUUCUGCCAAACACCUAUAGAUUGUUUGAUGAAAACUUACACGGUGUCAAUUUGAACAAGGAAACGACGCCCCUCCCUGAAGUCUACAGAAAGCCGGAGAAGCUGCAGCACCCGAGAUCUCCCACCCGCAACAACAUGCCACAUCCCUACUAUGGCAGGUUUCUAAGAGACAAUUCCAGGUUUCUGAAGGAGCCAAUUCCUCAUAUGGAAACUGCCAGCACCAAACACAUGCAGUCCGAGUGGUGGCCCAGAGAUGAGGACCAGGCGACUCUUCACAAACCCUCCUAUGACGUGAUGACCACCCAAAGAAGUGACUUUCAGAAGUCUUCUUACUUAAGUAAUCCUCAAACACGAUACAGUGCCAAACCGUGCAAGUCACCUGUUUGUGGAAUAGUCCCACUUGCACCUCCAAGAAGCAGAACGCGGCUGCCCAAGCUGCUACAGGAACAGAUUUCCUUCAUACAUAAUUAUAAUGCGAGAUCAACACAAAAUGAACCCAUUAGGGGAAAGCGUCACGGAGCCUUUGUAUGGACAGAGAUAAAAACAGAGAGUGGGCCAGCGGUUCCUCAGGGAACCAAAUUGUUCCUGAACACUACAGGGUCACAUUCACUUGACCAGGCAGAAGGGGAGAAAGGAAAUUCGGGGGAAAGCAGUAUGACCUCACCCAGGCGCUGCAUGCAUGCUUCCCAGCAGAUGUUCAGCUCCCAAAGUUACUUAUCCAAAACAGACCUCGGCGAAGCAGCCAAGUCCAAUCCCAGUGCAGCAGACAGUGAACAGAACAAGUCGAGCAGCUCACAGACAACUGGGAGAAAAACCCUUGUUCCCAUAGGUGAAAAAGUAUCAAGUCAGCCAAGUGUGAACUCGGCCUGAUAAAUUUCAUAUCCAUCCCGUUUCCUUUUUUACCAGACACCAGAAUGAGUGACAUGCUCAAGUGAUACAGCGGAUACAAAUAAACGUUUACCUGACCUUUCCCUUAA